AUGCAAACAUCCAGAUCAGAUUCAAGUCAUACACGGUGUAGUCCUCCGCAGGAAUCCUGUUCAUCCGACUGUCAAGUACCAGAGGAUGAAGUGACCGUCAAUACAUUGCACAAAGAAUCACAUCCAACUACCACUUCACCGAUGACACAUUUCUCUUCAUCGUCCACAGUCGAUCCAUCUCUGAAUUUAUUGAAUCCCAUAGCAGUGCCGUACAGUUUAAAUCUCAACUGGGUUUCACCGAUUAUUACAGCUUUAACUUUGUCAGCUGGUUCUUCGAUACUGAAUCUAACCACAGAACUGUCCUCUAGUCAACCACAACCAUCUUGUAUCCCACAAAUAGACACAAAAAUAAGAGCUUCAUCGUGUUUCCCACUUGGACGAUCAAAUACUGUAUCGUUAUUGUCAUCUCCAUUCCCUGCUUCAAUCCAUCAACCUCACCAUUUAACUGAGAUGCAGAUAAACACAAAUAUUAAUAAUGACUGCAUUGUUACAGCUGAUGAUGACGAAAAGCCAUUGGAUUUAACCUUGAAGUCAGUAAUUUCAAAAUCAUCAGCAAGGUCAUCUGAAUUCAUUAAAACAAAACAGGACAGUGAGAAUCAGAAAACUUCAUCUCGACGAAAAUCAAACAAGAAACCUUCACAAGUGAAAAUAACAACGAAAUCAGGAACAUCAUGUUCACCAGAACAAGAUAUCAAUAUCACAGAACCCAAAGGUCAGCGGCUUGAGCCUGUUCAUCAUUCAAACAGUGAUAUAACUUCAAAGAUAGACAAAAAUGGUACAGAAUUAUACCAACAGUGGAAAUUAGACAUUCCAGAUCUACUCAAAGUGAAUGAAUCUAAUCAAAAACGACAAAAAUCAAGCAUAAAUCGUAGACCAUUCAAAGCAUUCGGUAAUACAAUCCCAUCAAUAUCCACAGAACUUUUAUUGAAGUCAUCUCAACUCAUUGAUCCAAUAUUAUUAGGUAAUAGUGUGGAUGAUACAACCAAAACUAUUGAACACAUUGAACAAAGAAAUAUCAAAUUGACUUCUUCCUCUCCAACAUCAACCAGUACUGAUGUUAUUACUACAACUAGUGAUACCAUCAUCACUACCAGUAGUAUAACAUCAACUAUAGCUAAAAAUGAAGAACGUUCCAGAAGAAAAUUAGUCAAUAAAAGAAAAACACGCCGAUCACAAAGUACAUCAGCUGUUAUUAUCCCACUAAUUGAAAAUGAAAAGAUACAAGAAACUUCUGAAAAUUUAUCUACAACAAAAUCUUUAGAAUGUUUGAAUAAAAUUGAUUCAUCUAAAGAUGUAUUAACUUCAUCUAUAACCUCAAUAUCAUCUAGUUAUCCUGAAUUGAUUCAUAUUAAAACUGUUCCUAUUAUAACAGAUUGUAAUCCACGUAUGAGACGUUUCCCUGAGAUGACACCAAAAGAAGUAAAAGAUAAAGCCUAUUGGGAGAAACGUGUAAAAAAUAAUGAAGCAGCAAGACGUUCACGUAGAGCUAGAAAAUCUAAAGAAUUAUGCUUAAAAAAAUAUGCUGAUAAUUUAGAAAAAGUUAAUAUAAAAUUAAUUGAAGAAAUUGAAUUAUUAAAAGCAGAGAUAAUACAUUUAAAAGGUGAAAAAUAUACAGAAAAAUUAAAUUAA